AUGUUAGAUGAUCAGAUUAAGCAGUUAUACUUAAUGGAUAUAGACAAGAUCUUACAUUCCUACGGUAAAAUCUUGAAAGACUAUCCUCCUAUGCCUUUAGCAACUGAAGUUGAUAGUUCUUUGUUAAUCGAAAGGGUUAUCAGGGAAGAGCUAAACUUUAACAGGGAUGAGUUAAAGAAAAAUGCCUCAGACAUAUUAGCCAUCGCAACACCUGAUCAGAAAUAUGCGUUCGAUAAAAUUAUUACAGGUGACAAUAUGGAUGGUGAAUCUGAGAUAUAUCUUCCAGAAGAUAUUGUUAUUUCUUCUUCAGACCAAGUAUUUAAUGAGUUGGUUCAUUUUUCUUAUCCAAAUAUUUUGGAAAACAUGUCUUCAAAGGAUUUUUUCAAAGCAAGAACUAUACUGGCUCCCACAUUGGACAUUGUUGAAGAGGUCAACAACUAUCUGAUGGCUAUCAUUCCUGGAGGGAAAAAAUUAUAUCUUAGUUCGGAUUCAAUUUGUAUGGAUGAAGGGAAUACGAAGAGUCAACUAGAUCUCUAUGGUCCUAAAUUACUAAAUAGCAUAAAUUGCUCUGGUUUGCCUCCACAUAAAUUAAUACUCAAGGUUGGUGUUCCGGUGAUGUUACUAAGGAAUAUUGACCAAUCCAGUGGUCUUUGUAAUGGUACAAGGCUACAAGUUAAGAAGAUUGGAAAUCAUGUCAUAGAAUGUGAAGUCUUAACGGGUAACAAUGUUGGUCAUAUUGUUUUGAUUCCAAGAAUGAAUAUGGUACCAACAAAUGAAAUCGUCCUAGUUAGAUUUCAACGAAGACAGUUUCCCAUAAUAGUAUCAUUUGUCAUGACAAUUAAUAAGUCUCAGGGACAAACUUUAUCCCAUAUUAAAUUGUACUUGCCCAAACCAGUUUUUACACAUGGCCAACUAUAUGUGACACUUUCAAGAGUUAAGAGCAAGAGAGGUUUAAAAGUUUUACUUAUAAAUUACGUAGGAAUGUCUGCAAAUUCAACCUUCAAUGAUAUUUAUAGAGAAGUCUUUGAAAAAAUAGGAUUCUAA